CAGAUUUAUAUAUUAAAAAAAAAAUGAUACAAUUAAGAAUGAAUUUGGAUUAUGACUUGAUCUAACCUAUUAUAAUCCUAUACAAGUAUUUACUAACACGUUGCUGAGAACAUAUCAGGAACAUCUGUCAUUAAAGCAAAUAAAUAAAAAUGUUCCCUUAUAAAGAAUUUCAAGCAAUUGUACUUGCUGGUGGAGGAGGAUCACGUAUGACUGAACUUACUCAUGGGCAACAUAAAUGUUUAUUACCAAUUGGAAAUGUACCAAUGGUUUGGUAUCCACUUCAAUUGUUGGAACACACUGGCUUUAAGGAAGCUAUUGUUGUUGUAUCUGAAAAUAUGGAGAAUAAUGUAUCAUUAGCUAUAAAUAAGUUGAAUCUUAAAAUUAAGGUGGAUAUUGUUUCUGUCGAAGAUGCAGAAGAACUUGGAACCGCAGAUUCUAUUCGACUUAUUCAUGAAAAAAUUUAUACAGAUUUUUUGGUAAUCUCCUGUGAUUUAAUUACCGACGUUGAUAUAUCCGAAGUUUUAAAUCUAUAUAGAAAACACAAUGCUAGUAUUACCGCACUGAUGUUGCCCACACCGAAGGUGCCAGAUGAUUUUGUAACUCCAGGCCCUAAAAACAAACAGAAACCUGAGACUGAUUUGAUCGGUAUUGAUAAUGAAACAGGACGUUUAAUUUUCCUAGCAUCAGGUUCAGAUUUUGAAGAAACUAUUAAUAUUUCACAAACUCUGAUUAAAAAACAUCCAAGCUUUACUCUUUAUUCAAAAUUAAUGGAUGCUCAUUUGUAUAUUAUCAGUAAGUGGGUUUUAGACUUACUGAUGCACAACAAAAAUUUAACUACAUUGAAAGGUGAACUUCUUCCAUAUAUUGUUAGUAAACAAUUUUCUAAGCCUCCUAAUAAACAGUGUGCGGAUGAUAAGAACACCUCCAUAGUACAAGUAGAUUUGAAAGAGGACAUCUACCGUUUUGCAGUUGAGAAAUCACUAGAUGAGUUAAUUAGGAAAAUGUCAGCAUAUAACGAUCAUAGUACUGAUUUAGAGGAUGCAUAUAAUGGAGACAUAAUUAGGUGUUAUGCUUAUAUUGGUAAUGGAAAAUUUGGUUUAAGAGCAAACACCAUACAGAUGUACCAUUUUAUUAACACCAAGAUAUUUGAGUGGUGGAAUGCUGAUAACUCUUAUCAACACCCUUACUUUCGCUCUGAACAAUCUCUUUUAAUGAAGAUUUCACCUACAGCUAUUGUACAUAGCACACAAAUUCAAGGUUGCAGUGUAGAUGAUAAUGCUUUAAUUAAUGAAAAAACCUCCCUUAAAGAAAGUCACAUUGGACCAAAUGUACUUGUUGAAUCUAAGACUAGAGUAUCAUCCAGUAUUGUAAUGGAAAAUGUAACAAUUAAGCAAAGAUGUGCGAUACACAAUUGCAUAUUGUGCAAUGGUUGUGUCAUAGAAGAAGGUACAGAAUUAAAAGAUUGCAUUGUUGGUCCUCAACAUACUGUAAUAGCUGGAAGUCAACAUUCUCGUGAAGUCCUUACAGAUCCAGAUAAGCUCAUUGAAAUUUAAUUGUUUAAAACUAUCUUUAAUAUAUUAAUUGCUUAAAUAAUAAAAUAAGUCUAGAAAAAUAA